AUGCCGUCAGAAGACCAGAACCAACAGUUCAAACGCAUUGGCAUCGUUGGAGCCGGGAACAUGGGCUCCAUGAUGGCCUUUGCGUUCUCGGAGCUCGGUCUUGAUGUUUCUAUCUGGGACGUCAAGAAAGAGAAUGUUGACCAGCUCUUGCAAUCGGCUAAGGAUAUUAAAGGCCAAGGAAAGAUCGAAGGAUUUGAAGAUAUUGGCGAAUUCACCCAGAGCUUAGAGGGUCAGGGAGAGCGGAAACUGUUCAUCUUCUCCAUCACUCAUGGCGAUCCCGCGGACUCCGUUCUUAGUAAGAUCAAGCAUGCAUUGAAGAAAGGCGACAUUAUCCUAGACGGUGGAAAUGAGAACUACCGACGCACGGAAAGGAGACAGAAGGAGUGCGAAGAAAUCGGCGUUAGUUGGAUUGGAACGGGUGUUUCCGGCGGAUAUCAAUCCGCUCGCCGUGGGCCGAGCUUGUCUCCUGGUGGCGAUGAGAAGGCGCUGGAGCUUGUACUACCUCUUUUGGAGCGCUACGCAGCCAAGGACCGCAAGACCGGUCAACCGUGUGUAGCCAGAGUUGGUCCUGCGGGCUCGGGGCAUUUUGUCAAGAUGGUACACAACGGCAUCGAGGGUGGCAUGCUUUCGGCGGUCGCCGAGGCUUGGUCUAUUCUUCAUUACGGGCUAGGGCUCAAGUAUGAUGAGAUCGGAGACAUCUUUGAUGAAUGGAAUCAGAAGGGCGAACUAAGGAAUAAUUUCCUCCUCGAUAUUGGAGCCGACGUAUGCCACAGGAGAAAAUCCCCCGAAGGAGACGGCAAAGGCGAAGGAAUCGGUGAGAAGAACGAAUACGUCCUUGAUGAUGUUCUCGACAAGGUUGUGCAAGAUGACGACGACACCGAAGGCACCCCCUACUGGUGUGUGAUGGAGACGGCCAAUCGUCAUGUUUCUGCACCGACCAUUGCAACCGGUCAUUACAUGCGUAUCGCCAGUGGUAAUCGUGCAGAACGGCUGCGAGUGGCGGAAAAAUUGCGAAUGCCAAAGCCCAAGCCCAUUGAGGGCAUCAAGGACCGACGGCUUUUCAUUGAAGAUCUACGGCGAGCAGUGUACUGUUGCUUCCUGUCGUCCUUCUGUCAGGGUCUCGAACUAAUUGCCCGCGCCUCUGAUGACGAAGGAUGGAAUAUUGACCUGAGCAAAUGUCUCCAGAUCUGGCGUGGCGGUUGUAUUAUUCAGUCAGAAGCUAUUGCCGACCUUCUACAGCCUUUGCUUAAAAAGGACGUGCACUAUACAAAUCUGAAAGACAUCGACGAAGUCGCUCAUGCAUUGAAACAUAAUUUUGACUCUCUCAAACGGAUUGUAAUUGACUCGACAGUGUUCGAUCAAUACAUCCCGGCGAUUUCCGCGACCUUGGAGUACCUGAAAUAUGCGGGUGGGACGAUGCUACCAACGAAAUUCAUGGAAGCCCAGAUGGACUUAUUCGGUGCCCAUGCAUAUUACAAGCCAGGAGUACCCGGUGAGGAUCCAGGACCGGUCAAGAAGGGUCCUCAUCACUAUGAGUGGCGGCCAGCUUAA